UGCGUAUCUGUGACGUAAAUACAGAGCGCCGUAAGUGCGGGCUACGUAGCGGGAAGGGAAGUGGCCCCAGCGGCGGCUGGGCUCGGCUGCCCGGCGAAGGUGGCGGUAAUCCCGGACCCAGUGCGAGGCCUCGCGGGUCUUCAGGUGCGGCCUGCUCUGUGUGCGCAGGGUGGCGUUCGUGCCGACGGCCGUUUCCACGGUCAUCUCGCGACCUGGCGUCUCAGCGGCUGGGUGAGGGACCAGCCGGCACCCGGCAGCUCGAGUCCUAGGCCCGCCGUGGAGCUGCUGGGUAAAACCACCCAUUUACGUUGGAACCGCAGGAUUAGAGCCAUUUUUCCAUUCUAAGCAGGAAGAUGCUACCAAGUACUUCUUUGAGUUCUUCGAUGCACGGGAAUGGAGUAUUAAAUUCCAGGGAUGCAGCAAGGCACACAGCUGGAGCUAAACGCUACAAGUACCUCAGAAGGCUUUUUCGAUUUCGGCAGAUGGACUUUGAGUUUGCUGCUUGGCAGAUGCUCUACCUGUUCACUUCCCCUCAGAGGGUUUAUAGGAAUUUUCACUACCGGAAGCAAACAAAGGAUCAGUGGGCCAGAGAUGACCCCGCCUUCUUGGUCCUCUUAAGUAUCUGGCUCUGUGUGUCCACCAUAGGAUUCGGCUUUGUGCUGGACAUGGGAUUUUUUGAGACAAUAAAGCUGCUCCUGUGGGUUGUGUUCAUAGAUUGUGUAGGUGUUGGCCUUCUGAUAUCAACUUUAAUGUGGUUCAUCUCGAACAAGUACCUGGUGAAACGCCAGAGCAGAGACUAUGAUGUGGAGUGGGGCUAUGCCUUUGACGUGCAUCUGAACGCUUUCUAUCCACUCCUCGUCAUUCUGCACUUUAUCCAGCUCUUCUUCAUCAACCAUGUUAUUCUCACAGAUACAUUUAUUGGAUAUUUAGUUGGAAAUACCUUAUGGUUGAUUGCUGUUGGCUAUUACAUCUAUGUGACCUUCCUGGGAUACAGUGCACUGCCAUUUUUGAAAAAUACAGUGAUCCUGCUCUAUCCAUUUGCACCUCUCAUUGUGCUGUAUGGGCUGUCGCUGGCACUGGGAUGGAACUUCACCCACACGCUAUGUUCUUUCUACAAGUACAGAGUGAAGUGAGCAUGAUAAACUCUGGUGUUGGGAAGGGAUGAGUUCUUGUAAAUCUGUAAAUAACUUCAAGAUGUAAAGUUUUACAAAUUCAAAGUGAUAUUAACACUUGUCUAGACCAUUCCUUAAAACUAAUUAAAUGUACAUUUCUAAUAAAUAUUUAAACUAAA